UUCUAUGAAAGAUGAUGUUAUUUAUAAGUAUAAUUAACAUAAAAGUAUAUUACAGAUUUUUGAAGACUUUUAUCAUCUUCAGCAUAAAAGGAUUGCCAAGAGAUCACUUCAUCAUAGCCAUGAACAUCACAUUACUUUACAACAAGAGCCAAAGGUAAAAUGGUUUUCCCAGCAAAAAGUGAAACGAAGAGUAAAGAGAGAUUUUAAAUUAAACAAAUCGGGUCAUAUUAAUCUAAACGAUCCACGAUGGCCUCAGAUGUGGUAUUUGAAUCGUGGCCAUGGUUUGGAUAUGAAUGUACAGAAUGCGUGGAAAAAAGGUAUAACUGGUCAAGGCAUUGUAGUUACAAUAUUAGAUGACGGAUUGGAAAAAGAUCAUCCCGAUAUAAAAUCAAAUUAUGAUCCACUUGCUAGUUAUGAUGUCAAUAAUAAUGAUGAUAAUCCUGAACCCCGUUAUGAUUUUCUCAAUUCUAAUAGACAUGGAACAAGAUGUGCUGGAGAAGUUGCUGCAACUGCUAAUAAUAGCAUAUGUGCUGUUGGUAUAGCUUUUAAUGCCCAUGUUGGAGGUGUAAAAAUGUUAGAUGGAGAUGUUACUGAUGCUGUAGAAGCGAGAUCGCUCAGUCUUAAUCCGCAGCAUAUUGAUAUUUAUAGUGCCUCCUGGGGACCUGACGAUGACGGAAAAACAGUAGAUGGACCCGGAGUUCUAGCAACAAAAGCUUUUAAAGAUGGAAUUAAGAAAGGCCGGAACGGAUUAGGAUCGAUAUUUGUCUGGGCUUCGGGAAACGGUGGACGCGACAGCGACAAUUGCAACUGUGAUGGUUAUACAAAUUCAAUAUGGACAUUAUCUAUUAGUAGUGCUACUGAAAAUGGUUUAGUUCCUUGGUACAGUGAGGCAUGUUCAUCCACUCUUGCUACAACUUACAGUAGUGGUUCUGCUGGCGAGAAACAAAUUGUAACUACUGAUUUAAGGCAUGAAUGCACUUCUAGCCAUACAGGAACUUCUGCUUCUGCUCCUUUAGCAGCUGGAAUAUGUGCAUUAGCAUUAGAAGCAAACAAACAGUUAACCUGGAGAGAUAUGCAACAUAUUGUUGUAAGAACAGCCAAUCCAGCUAAUUUAUUUGCUAAAGAUUGGGCAGUAAAUGGAGUUGGAAGAAAUGUCAGUCAUUCGUUUGGAUAUGGAAUGAUGGAUGCAGCAGCUAUGGUUUCAUUAGCAAAGAAAUGGACAACUGUUCCUCCGCAGAAAGUGUGUGAAGUUAGAGCUCAGCUGUCUAGUGAAAACUUAAUACAACCAAAAUCUUCCAUUGUUCUCAAAUUAAAAGUAUCUUGUGAAAAAGUAAAAUAUUUAGAACAUGUCCAAGCAAAUAUUACUUUGUUGCGAGGUAUACGUGGCGAUAUUUAUAUAUUUCUUAUUUCACCAAUGGGAACCAGAUCCAGACUUCUUGACAAACGCCCCAAUGACAAUUUCAAGACAGGCUUUCGUCACUGGCCUUUCAUGACUGUACAUAAUUGGGGUGAAAACCCAAAUGGAGUAUGGAAGUUAGAAAUUCAUAAUGAUGGUCGUUCAGGUCCUGCAGUUAUUCUUAAGGAUUGGUCAUUAAUAUUAUAUGGAACUACUACAAAUCCGGACAAAGCGCAUCACUCCACAACAAACCAAGUGGGCAGGUCAACUUCUAGACAUUCAGGAAAUUCAGCAGCUCUCACCACAGCUUUGCCAUCUAAUAACGAUGACAAUAGAGAUACCACCAGAGGCAAUAGGAAAAAUGCUAGCAGAUGCACCAAGCUAGAUUCUUCAAAUCGGUGUUUAGAUUGUAAGAAAGAGGAGUUUAUUUUACAUGAGCAGUGUGUUACUGUUUGUCCCACUGGAUAUACAAAUAUAACUAUAGAUCAAGACAGGGCAUUGUGUGUUGUUUGUCACUACACCUGCUUUUCUUGUUUUGGUCCCAAUGAUUAUCAGUGUUUAUCGUGCCAUGGAGACUCUGUUCUAACAGAUGAUCAGUAUUGUUUGCCCAAGGUAUUGUCUGAUCGGCUCAGUGUUAUUGGCAAGUGGUAUGUUGCUGUGACUGUUGUAUUUGUAUUUUUAAGUAUCAUGAUAGUCUCUGCAUUUGUUUAUGUAUUUCUCUACCAUUCCAAUCUAUUUUGUAAAAAAAAUGAAGGUUAUGUUGGCCUAGAAAAAACAGAACCACUACAGUUCAGCCUUCAUGACAGUGAAGAAGAAUAAUGUAGUUUAUUUUGGUUUUUGUUAAAUUCAUUCUCAAAUUUUAUUUUUUUAUACGGUGCAUGAAUUUAAAAAUGAAAAUUCAAGCAAUAUCAUGUUCAAAGAUGAACAUGGCAUUUUAUAUUUUUACACAAGUUU